UGCUCAUCGAAUUUGAUUGUAUUUUAAUCUUUUAAAUAAUCUACGAUCAUGGCAACUAUAGAACAAAUAGAAAAUUUUAGAUUUAUUAGAGGUAGAAAUAUAAUGUCAGUCUGUGUAUGUGGAAAACGUCAAGCGUGGACAGACUAUUAUGGAGGUCCUGCCUGCAAAAAUUGCAUAGAGUUUUUUAUAAGCAGUAUUAGAGAGAGACAAGAAUACGUUUGUGAUAAUAUGAAUGGUUUAUGUAAUACGGACGUGAAUCCAGAUGGAUUUGGAUGUAAAUAUUGUCAUUUAAAAAUGUUGUAUAAUAAGGCUGAAUUAAUACCUAAAAUGUAUGGAAGGUACGAAAAUCGAUGGUAUACGAAAGAUGUGAUUCCUCAUUUACGUAGAACAGUGCUAAGAGCGAGAGAUGUUACGUUCAGUGAUAUUAAUUAUGAAGCGAACAUAAUGCGUGAUUUCGCAUCAUAUUAUUCAAGAGGGUUGCAUCUAACAAGAAAUGAAGAAUUUGAAGCAAUAUUCUGCAGAGUUACAGUGAUGCAAAUAAUGGUUGAAUCCUUACAUUGUCACGACGUCUUGAAGAGUAAUUGUAGGUUCAUUGAUCCCUAUAAAAUGAAAACUUUACUCUUUCAAAAUCAUCUAAUUGAAGUACUAGAAAUAACUCGUAGAUUUUUAGAAAUUGUUGAAGUUGACAUUGAAGUUGACUAUCCAAGUCUGGAACAAAUCGAUAAUUAUAUUUUUAUGGGCAUUCGUCCGUAAAUGUAUGCAUGAAGAUUGCGGAAUAUUUGGCGAAAUUUUUAACUAUUUUCAUAAAAUAUUUUUUAUAUAAACGAAAAAAUCUGCGAAAUUUGCAAUUUUUAUGACAUGAAAAGUAUACUUUAUUCGUUUAAAUAUUAUAAAAUAAAUCUCAAACUUUAAUGACUUUUAUAUGUGAAAUGUGACUUUAAUACAUAUGUCAAUAUAUUAUAGUUACAAUAUGUUUGCGGAUUUAUGAGACUAUGUAUGUAUGAUUUAAUGUUUUAAAUAUAUAGUAAUAAAACUAAUAUCUGAGUUAAAUCAAUGAAAAAAGUUAUCGGAAAUUUAAUCUGAAUUAUUGAUUUGUAAUAUACUAGAAAUUUAAUAUUUGUCUCAUUCCAUUUUUAUGGGUACUUAGUGUUUUUUUUUCACGCACAUCGGAAGAUUGGGCUGCCGGAUGAUAAGGAUCGUGUCCCAACACAAUCGCGACAGAAUGUCUAUGAAAAAUUACUGAAGAGUUGCUAACACACAUUC